UUUUUUUCUUCCUUCUUUUCUUCAUUUUUUCUCUUCCUCAUCCAUAAAGACAAAAGAAAGGGAGUCUCAAGUUCUUCACUAUGGAUCAACAGCGACAAAACCUCAUGCUGUCGCCAUUACCAUGGAGAAGGACAUUGUGCUAAUGCUCGAUCCUGUCGUGAGCGCCGUAACAUUCAACGCGCUCUUGGUGCCAAGAAAUAGUUCUUUAUGUUUUUUUUCAUCAACCUUUUAUUCUCCUUGAGACUCUCCUGGCUUGGUCGCGUCAAGGUGACAAUAGCAACUGUAACCAAUAUGGAUCAUCAUCUCUAUUCGGAAAAACCACCGCCUCAAAAAGUGGGCACGGAGGCGAAGGCGAAGGCGAGGAUGCUUCUACUCCUGAGUUUUGGCUCAAAAUGGCACUAAUCGUAGGGUUGGUACUUAUUGGAGGGAUCUUUGCUGGCUUGACGAUCGGAUUGAUGGGUCUGGAUGAAACUAACUUGCAUGUCCUGAUGGUGGCAGGUUCUCCUAAAGAACGCAUCCAUGCAGAGAAAGUCUAUAAGCUCCUAUCCCGUGGAAAGCACUGGGUCUUGGUGACACUACUUCUAGGCAACGUUAUCGUUAAUGAGUCCUUGCCAGUGGUGCUUGAUUCGGAGCUUGGCGGUGGUAUCAUUGCCAUUCUAAUCUCGACCCUGUUGAUUGUUGUCUUUGGAGAGAUCAUCCCUCAGGCUGUGUGUGCGCGUCAUGGACUGGCAAUCGGAUCAUUCUGCUCCAAGCCCAUGCUGGUGCUCAUGUAUAUUAUGUCGCCUGUGGCCUAUCCGAUUGCAAUGCUUUUGGAUUAUUGGCUAGGUGUUCACCAUGGAACAACGUAUCGCAGAACUGAGCUCAAGACAUUAGUAUCGCUGCAUCAGGUCGAUGGGAUCGGCGAGCUCACAGAUGAUGAGGUCACUAUCAUUGCUUCAGUGCUUGACUUGAAGGAGAAAGCUGUCUCGGCAGUGAUGACCCCCUUAGAAGACGUCUUUACUUUGAAGGAUAUCCUUAGAGCUGGCUACUCUCGUAUUCCAGUCUAUAGGCAUGAUGACGCUCAUAACUUUAUUGGUAUGUUACUUGUCAAACGUCUAAUCACCUAUGAUCCCGCAGACCAUACUCCUGUACGCCAAUUCACUCUCAACUCCCUCCCGGAAGCUGCCCCCAAUACCAGUUGUCUUGAUAUCUUGAACUUCUUCCAAGAGGGAAGGUCACACAUGGCUAUUGUCACAUCAAAGCCCGGCGGAUUUGGAGAUCCUGUGGGUGUGAUUACGCUUGAAGAUGUAAUUGAAGAGCUUUUGGGGGAGGAGAUCGUGGAUGAGUCUGAUGUCUAUGUCGAUGUCCACAACAAAAUCAAGAAUUCAUCUGCCUUGCUCGAUACCACGACAGCGACCAAUACUGCAGCCAACACUCAGCCAAGUACUACAGUAACCGCCGCCAACGGCGCUACUGGAGCCGUACCUGCUGAGAAUUCUUCUGCCACCAAGGAUACAACUACUGCAGGGUCUACAGAAGGCGAACAUCAUGUUGUCAAUUUCAAGGAUGAUGUAGAAGUUUUCAAGCCAACCCAAGAGUCAGCUCAACUAGAAGAGGAAGUAGAGGGAGAACGUUCGGUUGUUAUUGAGGUCCCUGAGCCUACAGGUACAUACUCGAUUAAUCCCCCAGAGACUGUUAUAGCCGCUGUUGAGGGCGCCGAGGCCGCCAAGGUCGCCAAAAAGCCAGAUGCCGAAACCCCCAAGGUGACAGAGGAAAUAUCGCCUAUUGUAGGCGAUUCAACCGCCGUAAUCACAUCGAAUACGCCUGCUGAGUCUGAUACAAUCACUGACACCAAAAUGCUCUCAACAUCACCACCUUCAACUGUAGUACCAGCUGUUCACGAAGCGCAAACACCUGUACUAGAUCCACCAACCACAGAGGUUGUUGAGCCAACUGCUUCCUCGAGUGAGAUACCAAAGUCGACUUCAACAUCCACUCUUUUGACACAACUGAGCGAAGAUCCCCCAUCUACACAUGGUCCACCUAAUAAGAGGAAGAAGAAGAAGAAAAAGUCAACAAAGUGGUAA